AUGUACUUCCCAACUGCAGUUGCCAGACAGCUAGUCACCAAUCCUGGACUCCCCAAUAUUCCACCAGAACCUGUCGUGGCGUUGGCCUCUAGCCCCCGCAAGACACUCUUUUGUACUCUUACGAGGAGUGGUGUCGCCUUGUGGCUUGUUCGGCCGUCAGCCAUCUUGUCAUUCCUUUCGCGGACACCAACCUCUAUCCUAGAACAUGGCGAGAAUGUCGACGUAUGUUGGUCAAUGGAUGGUAAUCGAAUAAUCAUAACUGCAAGUUGUUCCAAGAAUCUCGUUUACCACCCUCCAACACUGCCAUUGAAUGCUCAGCGAAGUUUUAUGGCAGGCCCUGGUGAAGGGCACCCUUUGCAGUCCACUAUUCUCCAUUUCGAAGGUGUUAUUCGUGUUGAGGGAACCCUUCUGAGUGUCUCUCCAAGGAGACACUAUCUUCUAUUCUCCACAAAGAACCCUUCUACUAUACAGCGUGUGCCGUGGCCCUCGGACAAGGAAAACGAUUCUGUGGAAUCGAGGAGGCGACCUCUUGGUUACGACACCUGGCUAUUGAAUGGCGAAGACUUUUCGUGGUUUAUCGAUUCAGAUGUUUCUGUCAAUAAAAUCAUAUUCUCACGAAUCAGCAGUGGGGAAAUUUGGGUGACAUCAGAUGGGAGAGCAUACUUCGUUCACCUUCAAGAGGAUAUCGACAACGAAAUUUCUUCAGACGAAGUUCUUUUCUCGGGAGAAGUCUACCAUCGGGCAAGUUCUUUCCCAUGUAAUCCGGCGGUAUCUUCUCAUCGCAAACAACGACAGUUUGAUCCUGACAAGCCAAGACAUGAAAGGGGGCGACUUUACGAAGAGCCACGACACGCAAAGGCGAUCGCUAUCAAUGCAAAAUUCUCUUUGAUCGCAAUUGGAACUCUCGGAGGUGCGCUAGAAUAUACCAACUUUCCUGUUCAGGAUGGUGCCGUUCCACUAUCACAGAAUGUGCACGUCCCCAACCCAUACAGCCGUCAGACGGGUCCAGUCUACGCCAUGGAAUGGAGUUCAGACGGCUAUGUUCUUGCUGUCGGCUGGAAACAUGGAUGGGGUAUUUUCAGUGUUUGUGGAAGGUGCCUUGCAUCAGGUUUCGGAGUUGAGGAUCCCAUCGACCUUGAGAAGUUUCAGGAUGUAUUCAUGUUCGGGGUCCGCGAUCUCUCUUGGGGACCCGGAAAUUUUGAACUCCUUGUCCUAGCGCAGCCGUUGGAUCAGGGUAGGAUUCGCAUCCUCCUGUUUGCCAUUCCUUUCGCAAAGAGUUCUACUACAGGUCAACAUUCACCUGACAAUACGCGUUAUGCUUUUCUACAGAUGGACGAUCGCGCGCUUGUCUAUAGAGGGGCUGAUCAACCCGACAUGAGUGUUAUAAAUCCAGAGUCUGAUGUAUGGCAGCACAUCAAGAUUCCGCAGAAAUACCUGUCUUCGAACUGGCCUGUUCGAUACUCAUCGUUGAGCAGCGACGGUAGAUUGAUCGCCAUUGCCGGCAGAAGAGGCUUCAUACAUUACAGUUCGACUUCUGGUCGCUGGAAACUGUUCGUGGACGAGAUGGAAGAGCAGGCGUUCACAGUUCGAGGAGGGUUGCUUUGGUUUCAUCAUGUGCUGAUAGUGGCAAUGGAGGUUGCCAAAUCAUUUCAGAUCCGCUUAUAUUCUCGAGACAUGGAACUCACUGGACAAAAUAUCCUACACCGUCAAAUUCUCUCAUCACCGGUUGUUAUUCUCUCCUUGGUCGACAAUUCCUUGUUGGUGUACACAUUGGACAACAAUCUUCACCAUUACUUGAUCGUACCGACGGUAGAUUCGAUAAGACUCCACCUAUGCGGCAGCAUAUCCUUCACUGGCAUCAUCGCUGCUCCUACUGCUGUUCGUAUGCUUAGUUGGAUGAUACCCAGUGCUCAAAAACAACUCGGCGAUCCUGUCGAUGAUCUUUCUGUUGCAGCAGUCCUGAUGGUUGUGGGAGGACAGCUAGUGCUCCUUCGUCCUCGAAAGUCUGCAGACCAAGAAGUUAAAUAUGACAUGCAAAUAUUUGCAGACCGAAUCGAGUUUUGCUGGAUCCAUCUUCGGGGAAUUGGUACCCUUGAAAAUUCAUUGUGGGCGUACGAUGCCCAAGGUAUGCGAGUCUGGUUGAAUGCCUUGACCAUAGAAGCAUCACACUCGACAUCCGACAUCCACGAAAAUAUCAAGGAAAGCGUCAAUAUACCCCUUGAUUUUUAUCCCUUGUCCGUACUAAUGGACAAGGGAAUAAUAAUUGGGGCAGAACAUGAAACUGCUACUAGGUUAAAUCUACCUUUUGCGAUGUUUAGACAUGCGACAAGUUCGCACUUGUUUUUACAGCACAUCCUGUUGUACCAUCUCAGCGCUCGUCAAAUAAAGGAGGCGAUUCAGUUCGCCUCAAACUACAAAAACCUUGUCUUCUUCGCCCAUGCACUCGAAAUACUUUUGCACACAGUUGUAGAAUCGGAAUCUACUGUCUCAAGCUCUGGCAGAGGGGAAGGGACGUUCGUGAGUCCAGAUGCCAUCCUGCCGACCGUCAUAGAAUUCCUGGAUCAUUUUGACGUAUCACUCGAUGUCGUGGUUGGCUGUGCGCGAAAGACUGAGCUGACGCGAUGGCGGCGUCUCUUUGACGUCGUCGGAAACCCGAAGGCGCUUUUUGAGACCUGUCUCGCCUCGCAACGGCUCAAAACGGCAGGGUCUUACUUAUUGGUUCUCCACAACCUUGAGCAGCUGGACGAAAAUAGUAGUGAAGCCGUUCGAUUAUUGAAGAAGGCCGUGGAGGGCAAGGAAUGGCAGUUGUGUCGGGAAUUACUCCGAUUUCUGCAGUCCAUUGACGACAGCGGAGAGGCACUGCGGACGGCUCUUCUUCAAGUGAACCUAGCGAUCGGGUUUUGA